GCGGAUGGGUUGCAUAAACUCGAAGGAGGUGGAGGAGGAGCCACCGGCGGCGGCGGGAGGUUUUGGCCGGUCGGUGUCGGGGAGGAAGCUAGGGAAUCCGUCGGAUUGCGGCGAGAGUCGGAAGGAGGAGAGAGUGGAGGAUCGCGGAUGGGAGCUGAGGAAAUCGAGGAAGGAGAGCAGCGCCUCCCAUGGACGGGGCUCGUUCAGCUUCAGGUUAGGGUUUUCUCAUCGGUACGUGGACGCCGAGCAGGUCUCCGCCGGGUGGCCGCCGUGGCUUAGCGCCGCCGCCGUUGGCCCCCCCGCCGGUGAAGCCAUUCACGGCUGGGUGCCGCUCAGAGCCGAUUCGUUUGAGAAGUUGGAAAAGAUUGGGCAAGGCACAUACAGUAGUGUGUUCCGAGCUCGCGAAGUAGAAACCGGAAGGUUGGUAGCCCUGAAGAAGGUCCGCUUUGAUAAUUUUCAGCCAGAAAGUGUUAGAUUCAUGGCAAGAGAAAUAUUGAUCCUCCGGAGGCUUGACCAUCCAAAUAUCAUGAAAUUGGAGGGGCUAAUCACAUCCGGAUCAUCAAGCAGUAUAUACCUUGUAUUCGAUUACAUGGAACAUGAUCUUGCUGGUCUAGUAUCUUCUCCUGAGAUUAAAUUCAGUGAAGCUCAGGUUAAGUGUUAUAUGAGGCAGCUACUAUCUGCAAUUGAGCAUUGCCAUUUAAGAGGUAUAAUGCAUAGAGACAUUAAAGUAUCCAAUAUUUUGGUAAAUGACGAAGGAAUUCUCAAAUUGGGAGAUUUCGGGUUGGCAAACAUCGUCAACUCAAAGAACAAGCAGUCACUAACCAGCCGUGUUGUAACUUUAUGGUAUCGUCCUCCUGAGCUUUUGAUGGGUUCAACGAGCUAUGGAGUGUCUGUGGAUCUCUGGAGCGUGGGUUGCGUAUUUGCAGAACUUUUUCUAAAGAAGCCCGUUCUUAAAGGAAGAACUGAGGUUGAACAAUUGCACAAAAUCUUCAAGCUCUGUGGUUCUCCAUCCGAAGAAUACUGGAAAAAGUCUAAGCUUCCUCACGCGACCAUGUUCAAACCACAACAUCCUUAUGAAAGUUCUCUAAGGGAAAGGUGUAAAGACGUUCCAGCAACUGCACUUGACCUGAUUGAAACCUUUCUUUCUGUAGAACCUUACCAGCGUGGAACCGCCUCUUCUGCCCUUAUUUCUCAGUACUUUAGAACCCCUCCUUUAGCAUGUGAUCCUUCAACGCUGCCAAAGUAUCCACCAAACAAGGAAAUUGAUGCUAAAAAUCGGGAGGACGUGCUAAGGAGAAAGCCUGGCAUUAGACAUACCGGAGCAUCAAGAAAACCAAGGAAAUCUCGCAAAACCUUGCAACAACAAAACUUGAUCAGUAAAUUAGCACAAAAAGAGGAAGCGCAAGAGAACGCGCAAAUUGGUCGGAGAAACAAUGUCACUAACAACGAUGCACAAAUUAUCAAGGAUAAAGGAGGUCAUCUUCGUAGAGACUCGUUUAAACCAUCAUUCGAUACAGUGUCGGAAACUUACCAGAUGUUGAGCACACAACAAGGGGACAGUGCGUUCUCAGGGCCAAUACCAGUCUCGGCAUCAAGUGGCUUUGCAUGGGCGGCUGUAAGGCGAAAAGAUGAUGUCGCAUCCGCGAUAUCAGAUGGCUCCAAAAGUCAGUUCAGUGCCUUGGAUCCGUCGUUUGCAAAGUCCACAUAUGGCUUACCGAAAUUGGCAAAUCAAGACCAUGUUUUGCAGAGAGUUGAUUCCAAGCGUGAGAUGCGUAAGCAGCAGAGGAACCUUAGUAAUCCGCCGGAUUCUUUUGACUCAUCCGAUUUAUAUUCUCAGGAUAUAUCACGAUUGGCCGUUUUGGCAAAAAGCAUGGAUUACGAGGAUGAUGAAAACCAUAUUGAGUUCUCAGGACCUCUAUUGUUACGACCGCAUAGAAUGGACGAACUCCUGCACAGGAAUGAGAAUCAGAUACGUCUGGCAAAUCGCAAAUCAAGGUUUGAAAGAGGUAAAAUAAUGGAAACCUGAUUCUGCUAGUUUGCGCAAAUUCUAUUCUUGUUUCAGAAUUUAGCUGUGUAUAAUUGAUGCCCACCACUGUCCUUAGUAAGAUUUUUAUUAUUAUUAUUAUUAUUAUUAUUAUUUUGG